AGAAGAUGGAAGUACCUAGCUACAAUACCUUCUCAUUCACUACUCUCACGAUCGGCAUUAAAAGACCUACCUUGGGAGGAAUUCGUGACGAGCACUGCUUGAGGCAAAAAGCAGAAUAAUCCUAUUGACAACCAUUUGCGAGUCAAAGUGUGAUCGGAAUCAUACAAAAUGCUGUCCACUGCGGACGACUGUUUAAAACGGUUCUUUGGUUGAAUACUUGCUUAGACGUCACAGCUCCAAUCAAUCUGGUCCAUAUGCUGUUGCUAGGGCAAUUUGGGAUUGCGAAGAGUCAGACCGGACCUCUCCACCACUACAAAAACCUCCGGUCUCCUUACUCCAGAUCGCAUCCCCAAGAAGAAAUCUCUACAACACCAAACCUACUUGUUACCAUCAAAAGUUACUGCCACAUUCAAAUAAGUACACCUUGGUCCAGCACCUCGAAGCUCGAUGCAACUCAAGACAAUCUUCCUUGCUUUCGGUACCUUCGCAACCGCCUUCUGCAAAGGCAACACUAUCAUGGAUGCAGAUUCUCUUCCCUGUGUCCCCAGUCAGAACCCAACAACAUGCAUGCUGAACUACGCAACCAACAGCGGAGCCGUACUUGAUCUUGCCGACCCUGCAGUCUCAGCCAGUGCAUUCAUCUACUCUUACACCUGCCUUCCCCUCGGCCACAAGACUGUCGCUGUUCCCGGAGAGACGUCAAUCCUCAGCUGGGGUCUCAGUUUCAGCAAGCCACUGGUACUGGGAUCCGAAAAGCGACCUGGAAUGGACUGGUGGACUCCAUGGUUUACUUACGAUGGAAGAAGAUAUGCGUAUGAAGAUUGCGCUUGUAAAGGUACGGCCUUGGCUGGUGGUCACAAGUGCUCAUGUCAGUUCCAGUGUAAGCUUUGGGUUACGAAUUAG